CAGUACCAUUGUUGUAUAGAAAUGGGUUCCGCUUUAGAGGAAAGGCUGCAGCGAAUAGAAACAAAGCUUGAUCAAAUGUUGGAGCACAUGUUGAGCAGAACUCAACCGCGGAGUGUCGUCAACGAUCAUCCUGUGUCACACCACAAAACAGCGCUGAGGAAGGUCCACAUGAGACUGGUGGGAGACUUUCAUCUUGAAUCAGAAAUAGACAAACUUAUUCAACACGACGUCAUCAGACGUGAAACGUGGGACGAAAUAAAGAUGCACAGCAACAGAACAAAUCAAUUGCGAUUGUUUCUACUAAAACUAGGCUCCUACGACGCAACGAAAUUCGAAGCUUUUCUUGACGUUCUGAAGGAAUCACACAGUCACAUAGCUGAGGAGCUCAGUCGUUAUAAGGCUGACACUGAAGACAAUGAUGCCAUUUUGUUUGGGGAUGACGGGAUGGAUAUAUCCUGUAUAAGGUGUGAAAUUUCCAGACGAGUACAGCUAGAGGAGGUCAUAGAUGAAUUAUUUUCCCGAGGAAUCAUAGGCGCCACAGCACUCCGGAAAUACAUCGAACCAAACUCGGAAUUCAAAGGUAGUAAAGUCUGGAAGUACGUGUUUGAGAAUUUGAAAAACCUUCAAAGAAAUAACGUCAACGUUUCCAAGACGAUGCGAGAAAUUCUUGCCAAGAAUUACUGCGAUAUCGCUGACAGCCGCCAUAUUGUUGGACAUUGUUCAUGGGACUGCUCAUGUGAGACGUUGCAAAUUUCGACACAAAGACGAGUGUACUCCAGCAGCGAUGCAAGUUCUGUUAUUGCUCAAAAAUGUGCUACCCGUUCGAAUUCCCCGGAUAUAGAGGUCUUCAUUGAAGCACCCAACGCGAGAAACGAGAAACCUAGUACUCCAAACCCGCCAGAGGAUCAUGCAUCCACAUCACACUAUCCAAGAACUCCUCAAAUAGUGAUAACGACGAAUGAUGACGUACCGAUGACGGGUGUAACGACGAAUGAUGACGUACCGAUGACGGGUGUAGGUUAUAAAGAUCCUCCCAGAGAAAUCUCGUCUAAAAUAGCAACACAUAAUGACACAAAGCAUUCGUUGAAUCUUCCUUCAGGUGGACCAAUCACAAAGAACUGGGCACACAUAUCCGGUAAUCAUCAGGAAGAUGUUACUUACACAAACCCAUGUUAUGAUGGUUCGCUUUCUGCAUCAGUCGAUGGUCUGAUUCCUUCUUUAGUUGAAGAUGGUCAAAAACGUAAUACCAGGGCCCCAACAAAAGACGAUAUCUGGCAAAAGUUCUUCCCAGGAACUCAAGUUAAUGCCGAGUCAUUGCUCAGAAUUUAUGAAAAGUUGGAGCAGAUAGAAGAACAUUUGUCAAGAAUUCUCUCUUUUGAGGAGAAAUUGGAGAAAAUUGUAAACAUAACGGAGUUCCUACGUGAACAUGGUCCCGGCAACAUUGCAUUCGAGAGGACGUGUUCGACAAAGGAAAAGAAAUUCAAAUCAAGCAGAUCGGACACCAACCACCAAACAUACGAGAAGUGUACUGAUGUGCUGCUUAUGCACACGUACACGGGCACGGAGAGUGUUGCCAGUUUCACCAAUUUCGUAAAGGCGUUAGACACAGAGCGUCCAGAUUUGGCCAAAAAUCUCCACGGCGAUUUUGAAAGACAAAAGUCUGAACACUCCGAAGAGAAUAUAACCUGCAUAAAAUGCUGUAUCUACAAUCUAGUUGACAUCAAAGAUGUUGUUGAUGAUCUGUAUUCUAAAGGUCUUGUAGACUACUCAUUCCUGGAUCGAACUCUCGCAACGCCAGUUCGCAAUGCGCGAAGGCAACUUUGGAACGAAGUAUUUCUGAGAAUGCGAUCUGAAACAGAUGAUAAUCGAAAUAAAUAUUAUGAAGCCUUAAAAGAUGACAUUCUAAAAAAGUACAAAAGUGUUUUCUCUCACUUUCCUGAUUUUGACAUCAACGAAAACACAAUGAAAUGCUUGUGUAAAGGGAAGUCAUAUGCUGAAUCCACUUCUUCAAACCCAGAAAAUGAUCUUCCUUCAUCAAAAUUGCAAAACUCGGCUGAGGUGGAAGAAACUCCGUCCACACCGACCGUUACUCAAGUUCGUCGGCGCCCAAAGCUAAGAAAGAGGCGGAAUGUUACACCUAAAAGCAGGGUACCAGAUCUCCUCCUCGCCAAUGUGUUACAUAAGUGGUUCAAAUCUUUCCACAAGCGACAGAACACAUGUAGCACAGAUCUUAGUUUUGGCUUGAGCGAGGAUGCGAGGAACAGCCAGAUUAUUAAUGAGGAUCCUGCAGUCUUACGCAAACAGCGUAUUUUUAGAUACAAAGAAGAUAGUGGAUUUGCUUCCUGUGAAAUGAGCUCCGUAGAUGUUGCUGAUGAAAAAAAGAAUGAAGAUUCUGCCAUACGGAGAGUUACAGAAGAGAAAGCCUCUGAAAAGUCUACAUCUGAACCUUCCGUGGUUUUUUGUGAUUCAGUUUCUGAUUUACAUGUCUUACAGGCGAGUCCUCGAGCGACAUUGUUUAUUAAUCUGAAGGAAUACAACAACACUAAUAGUGAACUGUACAAUGGAGACUGCUGUGAUGGACCGGCCGCGUCAGAUAAGUGCAGCUCAGACCGAUGUGAUUACGUCAUCAAUAUUUGUGUAUUUGCCGUUGAUAAGGAGUCUUGGUGCCAGUCCAUACAGCUAAAUGCCGACCGACCACCGGAGUUCGUCUUCAGUGACGAGGGAACUCAACAACAACCGAUAAACACAGACUGGAAGGGGACUGCCCGGGUUGACAUCAACAUCACUGAUAUAGAUGGUCCUGACAAACAACAACUGGUCGACCAGUUCUCAUUCAAUUACACAGACAAGGGAAGACGGACUCAGAAAUUCCAGGAACUGGUUUUAAAUGGUUCACGUCAGAGGCCAUCAAGAUUGAAGCUGUCUAUGGCAGUGCAGUGUGGGACUUAUUACUACGGUGAUGAGUGUUCCGUGUUCUGUAUUCCCUCUGUGGAUUGUAAGGGCCAUUACUCGUGUGAUGAGCAGACGGGCACUAAGAUCUGUGACCAGGGCUGGGAGGGAACGAACUGCACCAAGCCUAAGGCCGGGGAAGGAAGCUGUCAAGAGCAGCGCUGUAAGAACGGUGGUACUUGUUCCAUGAACAAGUUCAGUAACUCAUCUAAUAAUGCCUUCUUCUGCUGCUGUCCGCCCGGAUUCACUGGAAACGAGUGUGAAAUAGACAUCAACGAGUGUGAUCAGACGCCCUGCCAAUAUGGUGGCGUAUGUCACAAAAUUCCCGGAAGCUACAUCUGUAACUGCCAUCCGAGAUAUCGCGGAAUGAAUUGUGAAAUUCCAACGAAAUGUGCUGAUAAUCCAUGUAAAAAUGGAAAAUGUGAGGAUGUGAAAGGAGGCACAUUUGUGUGUCAGUGUGGUACAUUUUUUUCGGGUAUAUUUUGUGAAAGCACAGUAACAACAACACCAAAAACAACCAGUACAAAAACUAUAACGACAGAUUCAACAACGAGCACAACCACCACGACAACUCCAAAAACCACCACCACAACUCCAACCACCACCACCACCACAACUCCAACAACCACCACCACAACAACUCCAACCACAACAACAACUCCAACGACAACCACCACCACCACAACUCCAACAACUACUAUAAAAAGAUCAACGCCCAUGUCUGCUCUGACAACAGAAAUAUUGCCAACGACAACUUCUCUUCUAAAAACCACUGCUACUUCAGUGGAAAUGACAUCAUCAAUAAGGACUCCAUCUGCUGGAGAGGUAUCCUAUAAAUGUUCAGAAAAAAAUGCAUGCAGAAACAAUGGUAAAUGUAUUAAUGAUGCAUGUCAGUGUCCAGUGGGAUUCUCGGGAAAGCUUUGUCAGAGGGAAGUAAUUGAAUGUGAGGCUGACUCAUGUUGGAAUGGGGGAUAUUGUAAUGAUGCUGUAGGAAAUUAUUCUUGUGACUGUCCUAGUGGCUUUGUAGGGUUUAAGUGUGAAAAGCAUGUUGGAAAUACUACAUUGUCACCAUCAACUAGUGCAUGUGGGUUUUGUGGUAAUGGUUCUUGUUCUAUGUUGAAUAAUGGGACUGUUGUAUGCAUGUGUAGACCUGGAUUUAGUGGGAAGACUUGUACCCACUCACAAGAUAUGUGUCGUCCUUUUUCAGAUGCUUUAUGUUUUAGAGAUAGUGAGUGCAUGGUAAAGUCAUUUCGCCCACAUAUGGAAGUUUGCCCAAAUAGCUGGAAAGGUCCACUUUGCAGAAAUGGAUCCAUACCCUUAUCUCGAGACGGGGAAUGUCCACGAAUUGUAUGCAAGAACGAUGGACACUGUUAUAAUGGGAAAUGCUGUUGCAGACCAGGAUAUAAAGGCGAAUUCUGCGAGGAGGAGGUGCUACUUUGUGAUAGUAAUCCAUGUAAAAGUAACACAACAUGUAUCAAUCUAUUCAAUGAUUUUAUAUGCAACUGCCCAGUGGGAUUGACUGGUAAAUUAUGUGAAGUGUCUCUCGUACAUCCGACAUCUACAUCUUCAACACAUCGUGUCCAGCCAGUCUCAACUCAACAUAUUACGCCUCCUCUACCAUCCACAACAACCACCAAUUCAGCAUCACUAGAAACAAGAUCUAUCGUCCUGACAAAAGAUAUACCCCGGGGAGGAACAACCGAAUUAUUGACCAAAGCAAAACCUGUAUCGAACAAACCCAUUACAACAGAGGUAAAAACAACCCAUUUGAUGACCACCCCAACAUCACCUAUUGUGUCAAGUACUGCAGCAGCAUUAGAAACGACAAAUAAAAUUCCAUCAACUGAAUCAGCAACUCCAACCACAUUAACCAAGGCUAGUCCUUUAUCAACAGAAGAAAUUACACAACGAAUGAGCUCGAAGCCCAUGUUUUCGGUUGGUUUUUCGAAAGCGUCGCCAGCAAGUACUCUGUCUGUUUCUAAACAGAGAUCGUCAACAUCGACUUCUGAAUCCAGUGACAGAAUAUCGUCGUCGUCAGCUACCGUAACUGCAACGACAGUGCAAUCAAUCCCUCCUCACAAUGGAGGGAACAACUCGGUGACGCUUAGUGGCAAAAUUCCAGAUAAGGACAUUCCAAUCGUACAAGAAGUGAUGACAAACGCCGUCAAAAACACUUCGAAAGGCGAGAACUGCACGGAUAUUAAUAUCUUGGACACGGAAUAUCUUUACAAUAUUUCUGGAAACGUCAAUACGAAGGUGACCUAUAACAGUUCAGAUUGUCCAGACGCUUCAGACUUGCAUAAGAAUCCUAAUCUCACGCAAUCCAUCAAUAAUCAGCUCGCUAACUCUGGUCAACUUAGUAGUCACGCCGUAUACAACGGCAAAACGAAAGGACUGGGGCGGAGUUACCACAUCCCUCUGAUCGGUUACGUGUACACUAUCAACAGAAGAGGCAUAAAAGACGCAAUUAAGCGAGCAUGGUCAAGUGCUGGAAACAAACAAGUUGAUGUCCUCAUCGUUGACGCUGCAUACCAAAUUGGACAGUAUGGAAUAUACAUAACGGAUAUGUCAUAUCUGGUUACUAGUGGCCUUGCAUUUCUACAACCUAGACCGGAAAACAUUCCGACAGAGAAGUCAUUUGAUAAGGAGUUCAAAACGGAAUUUCCAGCUUUGCAGGUGUUGGUGUAUUCUGGAAACGAGAGGUAUAAUUACGCCUCUGGAUUACGCCUUUCUCUAAAGCAGAGGAAGAGAUCCGCGCCCCUGUCAGUGGCUGAUAUACAGAGAAAAGCUCUUACUGAGUGGGAAAACGUUAUCAAAGAUGAUGGGCGGUGUGCAAACCAGACCUGUAACAUUGGAUUAACUAUUUCUCCUUUGGAGAUCACAAAAUCACGGUCAUUCGAUGUUGUUCUGUAUCCAACAAUAAACAAAUAUCUCAACACAGAAUCAACAUUAAUGACGGGGCUGAAAACCAGACUAUCGCCUUAUCAUGAACGAUGUAAUGAUUGCUCCAGAUACCAUUAUAUAGAUAUAGUUGGGCGAAUAAAACUCAGAGAGGAAAAUGAUAUUGAAAAUGCAACAAAAGUGGUUGUAGGGGCUGUCGACACAAAUUGGACGAAACUGUCUUUCGUUAGUGCUAAAAGUUCCUUGUCGACAAGACUAUAUUACUUACCCAGUAGUUUAAAUGACACAAUGGCGGGCUGGCCGCGCCCAAAUAUGGAGGGAAAGCUUGACUUGAUUAAUAGUUCUCUGAACAAGUUGAACCGAAAGCUAGCAAUGCAUAGAAUGAGACGGCUGCAUCAGUUAGUGAUUAUGGAAGCUGUGCCGACAUCAGAACAACACCAUACCUUACACCUAAUGGAAACAGCCUGGGCCACUGCAAACCAACAUGUUCCUCAGAGAGAUUUGACCACUACCAUCCAAUCGUGGAACACAAAUUAUGUUUCCUUUCAUGGAGAUUCUGUGACACGAAUAAAGUACACCAUGGAUAUUCUGAAUGCUGAUUCCAGCAUCGCAGCGUUAUCCUCACCCAGUGUCGGGGUGAUGGAGACGGUAUUGAAUUCCUCAGGUAAAACAUACAGCGGCUGCAGAGCUUACCAGGUGAGAAUGCUAUGGAUGACGGACAUGGAAGACCUCAACACAACAUCAAUAGAGAGCGCCGUGUCCAAAGCAUGGAUCAGUGCAAACAGCGGUUUUCAGCUCGUAAUUCCUGCAACAGUUCUGAAUUAUGAAGCAGGAUAUGUUGCAGCGUCAGGAGAGAAUGUUCGUAUGUAUACAUAUUUUAUACAACCGAGGAUAGGAAGCAAAAAAAUCGAUGAAGAAGAUUUAGACGAGCCGUCCACUGUCGAAUUAGAACAAGCACUAUCAAAAACAGUACCUGGGUUACGCGCAUUUCCUACUGCGUCCAAGAAAUCAAAUGGAACGGCAUCAGAUGGAACGGAAUGGUGGGUGUACAUAGUCAUAGCUGUAGGAUGUCUGGCGUUGGUUGUCAUAUUAACAUCACUCUUGGUCACAGCACUGCGGGCUAGAAGUCAUCGUCAGUCAAGAACGCUAAAACAGGACCCAAAACAAAUGAAUGGAUUUGACAAAGAACACUUCUCUAAAGAGCCCGUAAUGGAGAAAAAUUCCAAUGGCCUUUACACCGUGGAGGACGAGGACACAGACUAUUCCAAAACAACAUACAUAGUGAACAACGCAGCAGAUACCGAGGCGUAUCAGGAAUGAAACUGAACGGCAGGUGGAUCCAACUGUUUAUAAAUUUAAUCGCUCAGAAGUAAUCCUGAUGAAUGCGUGAAGGUGCGUGAAGCGUCCAAAAUGCUUUUGAAAGAGGCUGGCUGCUUCCUAGGAAUGAAUACGUGGCAUAGAUGUUUAUGUACGUGUGUUCAAGUACCAGUGUUCAAAUCAGUGAGAUAACAUUAUUUGAACACGAUAUAGGUGUACGUAGUUGUUUUAUUGCUUACGUUGUUACCAGGUAUUGGGUAAUUUGCUUUUGAUGUAUCUUAAAAUGGAUUUGAAUUAAUAAAAUUGACUCUUUUUCUCAAUGAACUUAU